CACACAUCAUCUCGUUCUACCUCUCAUCAUUUAGCUCAGUGCAACCUCUAAUUACAUCAACGUCUUUCAAUCCCUGGUCCCAAAUUCUUCAGAAAAAUGGCUGCGAAACGGUUUUUGGAUGAUUCUGAUCAAGACAAAGAUAAGCCAAGCGACAAACGGAUGAGAACACCAAGAACUUCUUUUGCUUCGGUAAUAGGAGAGGUGGUUAUGGUGAAAAACUUGCAGAACCUUUUCUCUGGCUUGGAACCUUUGCUUAGAAGAGUGGUGAAUGAAGAGGUGGAUAGAGUCAUGAGACAUUGUUGUCCACGCUCAAUAACAAGGUCCCCUUCUUUGAGAAUCCAAGCAUUAGAGCAACCAUCAAGCUUUCAACUCAUGUUCAACAAAAAGCUUUCACUUCCUAUAUUCACGGGUAGCAGGAUACUAGACAUAGAUAACAAUCCAAUCCAUGUGGUUCUUGUUGACAAAAGUGUUGAUCAAAUUGUUCCAACAAGUCUUCCACAUCCCAUAAAGCUAGAAAUUGUGGUUCUUGAUGGGGAUUUUCCUGCUGGUGAUAAAGAGUCAUGGACGAGUGAGGAAUUCAACAACCACAUAGUGAAGGAGAGAACGGGGAAGAGGCCAUUGCUCACAGGAGAAUUGAAUCUGACCAUGAGGGAUGGAAUUGCACCAAUUGAGGAGAUAGAAUUCACAGAUAAUUCUAGCUGGAUACGUAGCAGGAAGUUCAGAGUUGCUGUUAGGGUGGCUCCGGGGAGUAAUCCAAGUGUUCGAAUUUGUGAAGGCAUGACUGAACCAUUUGUCGUCAAGGAUCACCGUGGUGAAUUGUACAAGAAACAUCACCCACCAAUGCUCCAAGAUGAAGUGUGGCGCCUAGAGAAGAUUGGGAAAGAUGGAGCUUUCCACAAAAAAUUGUCCUCAGAAGGGAUUACCACAGUGCAAGACUUUCUCAAGUUAUCCGUUGUUGAUACUCAUAGGCUCAGAAAGAUUUUAGGCAUUGGGAUGUCAGACAAAAUGUGGGAUGUGACAAUGAAGCAUGCAAGGACUUGCAACAUGGGCAACAAGCUCUACAUCUAUCGUGGGCCUCAUUUUACUAUCUUUCUGAACGCCAUAUGCCAGUUGGUCAGAGCUGAUAUCAACGGCCAAAACUUUGCCGGCAGAGAGCUUACCAAUAUGAACAGGAGCUAUAUAGAGAAACUGGUGAGAGAAGCAUAUGCUAGAUGGAAUAACUUGGAGGAAAUUGAUGAGGUUUUGAAAGAUAACGUUGCUUUGUUAACCCAAGGUGAAACUGUGGAACAAUUAUUAAAUAAUCAUCAAGGAUCGGUAACAGCAUAUGAUGAGAACGAAUAUUAUGAUGAUAAAUCUAGAGAGGGUGGCAUCUAUAAUGCACAAAUGGGGUGCAGCGAGUGGCCAGUGAAUGCAACAUUUGCCACAUCAUCAUUCGUGAAUGGCAUCCCUUACAGCUUCUCAGAGUCACAAUCGGACGGUGAUAUAACGCCCCCAGGUUCGGGUUCCGUCAUUGAUGGUGGUGGUGCCCCAAGGUGGCAUUAGCAACAAAAUUACUACUUUUGAUUUUAAGCUGUACAUACGAGUUGCCAGUUGGAGAAUUUAGUGACUUACGGUGAAGUCUUGGCCCAUAACAAAACUGCGUCUAGCCUGUCAUGGCUUAUAUUGGGCUCAACUUUUUGUCUUUCUGGCAGGCUUAGUAAAUUAUCAGUCCCAUUUCAAGGAUCCGCAAAAGUUGGGCCUGGCUCCUCUUCUGCAAAAUAAUAAAAACAACAACCUGCCUUUACUGGGCCAGUGUUGCUAUCAAUGUAUUACCAUAAUUUUCACGAAACAGCACUGAUGUCUUAUAAUAUGAUGACUUUUAUAUGAUGUGAUCUGACCCUCUU